UGGGAGCUGGAGGGGAUGGGGGUUCAGGGGGGCACAGAGCCGGUUCGAAGAGGAUCGGGGAAGGGGGGCAGCUGGGGGGCUGGGCAUCGGGGGUCCCGGGGGGGAACGGGGCUGAGCAGCGGGGUCCGGCGGUGCGCACGGCGUUGGUGCAGCGCGGACCCUCGGGGAGCGCACGGAGACCCCACGCAGGCCAAGAACGGACUCGGUCUCUUCUCCAGUGAUAGGAUGAGAAGUGAUGGCCUCACAUUGCACCAGGGGAGGGUCAGGAAAAGGGCCCGGUGGUUUUACAAAGGAGGAUUCACGUCACUCCUCUGUGCAUUGAGAAGCGGUGACGUGCAGGACCCAGGGAUGCAAUUACUGUGCCAGCGGGGAAAAUGCUCAGCAGUCAGUUCCCCAGCUGUGCUGCUCCCUGCAUGGGGAAGUUGUGCAAACCGGAUCUGCCAAAAUAAAUAUUUUGCAGUGCUGCGGACCUGGACCUGGAGGUGCUGCUGCUCUGCACGUGGCCUUGGUACGGGUUUAUUGCACAGACCAGGAAAUCCCAGGUGCAAAUGCAGCGUGUUCGGUUAUCUUACAGACUGCAGGAGCAGGGCUGCAGCCUUUCACAUCAAUGCUGUUUGGCGUGGCCAGAGGGACCUGCAGAAAACGACAGCGAUUUGGAACACUUUGCGUGCAUCCCUCUGCAAUUGCAUGCAUGGAGAUCAGGCCGCCGCUCCCCGCGUCCCGCAGCGCUGCCAGAGGACAAAGCAGCGAACGGCGGAGCGCGGAGGGGCCGGGCCGUGCUGCGCUGCCGGGGCUGUCCGCGGUGGGGCCGCCCCGCUCCCGCUGCCGCCGCCCCCCGGCCGCCCCCGCGUCCGCUUCAAGUGCGGCCUCUCCGGGCCGCUCCUGGACGUGCUGCGCCGCCGGCCCGGCUGGCAACAGGCGAGGAACGAGGAGGAGUGGGAUUUUCUCUGGUGCGAUGUGAGUUGGCUUCGGGAUAAUUUUGACCACGUGUACUUGGAGGAGCACGUUCGUGUCUGCCACUUUCGCAAUCACUAUGAGCUGAGUCGGAAGAACUACUUAGUAAAGAACCUGAAGAGGUUUCGGAAGCAGUUAGAAAGAGAAGCAGGAAAACUUGAGGCAGCAAGAUGUGACUUUUUUCCAAAGACCUUUGAAUUGCCUUCAGAGUACCAUUUGUUUGUGGAAGAAUUUCGCAAGAAGCCUGGCACCACUUGGAUCAUGAAACCAGUUGGCAGGUCACAAGGUAAAGGAAUUUUCCUGUUCCGAAAACUGAAGGAUAUCUUCGACUGGAAGGCGGAUGGUGGCCGCACUAAUGAGCAGAAGGAUGAAACACAAAUAGAGACUUACGUAGCUCAGCGAUACAUCGAAAAUCCAUACUUAAUAGGAGGUCGAAAGUUUGACUUAAGAGUUUAUAUUCUAGUGACAUCUUUCAUCCCACUGAACGCUUGGUUAUACAGAGAUGGAUUUGCUCGCUUUUCUAGUAUGAGAUUUACUCUGAAUAGCAUCGAUGAUCACUAUGUUCACCUCACCAAUGUGGCCGUGCAAAAGACUGCGCCUGAUUACGAUCCUGAGAAGGGCUGCAAGUGGAUGAUUCAGCAGCUCAGACAGUACUUGACUGCCAAACAUGGAACGGGAUCGGUGGAAGUUCUCUUUGCGGAUAUGGACAACAUUUUCAUCAAGAGCCUCCAGAGUGUUCAGAAAGUGAUUAUCAGUGACAAACACUGCUUCGAGCUGUACGGCUAUGACAUCUUGAUUGAUCAGGACCUGAAACCCUGGCUUCUGGAGGUAAAUGCGUCCCCUUCCCUUGUUGCCAGUAGCCAAGAAGACUAUGAACUCAAGUGUCACCUGCUCGAAGACACGCUUCAUAUUGUGGACAUGGAGGGCAGGCUGACUGGGAAGGAGCAGCGUGUUGGUGGCUUUGACCUGAUGUGGAACGAUGGGCCUGUCAGCAGAGGAGGAGACCUGGGUGCUUCUGUGAAUGGGAACUUCAUGGCAAACACACACUUAGGCUGCUUCAAUGACAGGAAGAAACAACUGAAAGAGCUCUUCGGGAAUCUUCCUGCACAGCAGACAGUGUUCUUCAGGAGAGGCUCCAGCAACGCCAGGAGUGCUGGGAAUCCUGGAGGCUAUGUCGGAUACAGUGCAAACACCGUGAGGGACAGCCCAGCCACACCAUGCUCUGCACGCGGUCGCAGCGAUGGCACGGCUGCCUCAGCCUUCCAGGAUGCGAUUGAUGAGUUUCAUUUCUUCCGGGGUCAUGGGGUUCAGGUUAAAUCCCUUCAGCUCAGGUUUACCUGUGAGAAGGUGCAGGACAUUGGGAUUCCGCUAUAAAAUGCAUUCAGCGUUCCGCAUGAACAGGAAAUGCGGGGAGGGCAGUGCUGCAAUCACAGCACCACGAAGGUUGGAAAAGAAUUCUGAGCUCAUCAAGGCCAACCCCAACCCACCCCACUGUGCCCACUGACCACGUCCCUCAGUUCUUGGACGCCUCCAGGGACGGUGACCCCACCACCCCCUGGGCAGCCUGUGCCACUGCAUCGCUGCUCCUUUGGAGAAUAAACCGUUCCUAAUAGCCAA